AUGUACAAUCCCUUUGAUAUCAAAUACUUCAAAAGCGGCACGUCAUUUUCCGAUUUCAUUGAUUUUGUUCCUGUUCUCACUGUUUUUCAGCUCCACCCGCAAAGGCAUCUGGAUGAUGAUGAAGAUGAUAUCCAUGAUGAUCAUAAUCAUGAUCAUGAUGACGACGAUUAUGGUGAUAAUAACGAUGAUUAUGAUGAUGACGACGAUUAUCUGGAUUAUCAUGACGAUCAUGAUGAUGAUGAUAAUGAUGAUGCUGAUAAAAACGAUCACUAUGAUGAUGACGACAAUGAUGAUGAUGAUGAUGAAGACGAUGAUGAUGAUGAUUUUUAUGUUGACGAUGAAAACGAUAAUAAAGAAUACGAGGAUGAGGGUCAUGAUCGUGAUCGUGAUAAGGUUGAUGAUGAUGAUGAUGACGACGACUUGGGAAAUAAUAUUGAUGAUGAUGAUGUUUAA